AUGGACGCAUAUACAUGGCUACAACAGUAUCAUUUUAUACCUUGGUUAACAUUUGAUGAAUUUACUAGGUGGUUGUACUCUGCGCGACUUGUUAGUAUGCCAAUGAUGUGUUCAUGUAAACAAAACCUUAAACUAUAUGUUUGUAAACAUGCAGCAGGAUUUAUGAUCCACCUUAAUCUUUAUGUUAUAGCUGAUCCAGCUAAAUUACAAGUGUUAGGAAAACGGCGCGGACGCCCAAAAAAGGCAGGAAAAGCAUUAAGUCAAUCAUAA